UCCUAAAUGGAGUAAUUAAGGAAAAAACACUCCUGCCUUUCUCGACUGGUCUAAAUUAUUCCAAAUUUAAUCAGUGAUAAGGAGGUAAUUAAGCGUAGGUUAUAUGGAAACCACUGCCAACCACAACUCAGUGCGAUGAGGUCAGUUAUAAGGAAAAUACGUCGGUUGCUCUUCGCCUGGCAGCGGCUAGUCCCCGCCAGAUUCCGGUGGUACAAAGUUCACAGCCAGUUGGUGCUAAUAUGUCUAACUGGGAUCAUAUUUUUAAAUACGCUGUUUGGAGUAUACCUAGGUCGUUUUGAUUUUCGACGAAGGAAGUUCGUGUUCUCGAAACUAGUUACAGCCUACUCUUUUGUAAUGGCCACGAUCUUCGUGGCGUAUUAUAUUUGGCACGUAUACGAGGAGAUGUCAACCGGACAGCUCAGCAGGAGUCAUACCAUAGAGAUAUAUUGCUAUAUGAACGUAUGCGUGUGUCUAAUUAACUAUGUGACUCAGUGGGAGAAAACUAGCCAGAUUAUUGGUUUUCAAAACAGCGUUCCUCUAUUUGAAAUCCUCAACUCCAUGGACGUUUCGUUGAAGGUGGUCACCAAGUCAUUCACAUACAGCAUAAUUAAGACUAUUGCCUGUCCACUGAUAGAGUACGUAGCUCUAAGCCUCUAUCAGAGAAGGGCCCACCCGGAACUCAAUUGGACAAGCUUUGCAACUGCAAGGACGAUGCUACCCGUGCUGGUGGCUAAUCAGAUAAACAAUUGCUUCUUCGGUGGCCUGGUAAUUGCGGAUCUGGUUGUACAUGCCAUUAACCGAAAGCUAGAAGACCUUGUCAAGGAAGCAAAUAUGCUGCAGACACCCGUGCAAAUGGGUUUGCAUAAACCAUAUUACAGGAUGCGACGCUUUUGUGAACUGGCGGACGGAUUGGAUGAGAUGGUCGAAAAAUACUACUAUUGCGCCAUUCUUUCCAAAGGAUAUCUACGCUUUACGGACUGGUCAAUGGUUCUUUCCAUGCUGAUGAACCUGAUUGGAAUCACACUGGGCUUUUACAAUCAGUAUAUGGCUAUUGCCGACCAUUACAUUAAUGAGGAGCCCUUUGAUUUUUAUCUGUCCAUAGUCCUUCUGGUCUUUUUGUCAGUCCCCUUCAUGGAACUAGUAAUGGUGGCGCGUAUCAGCAAUCAAACGUUACGAGAGACUCGAAAAACCGGCGACCUCUUACAACAAAUUGACCUCCAAAACGCAGAUGUGCGUUUCAAGCAAGUUGUCCAUUCAUUUUGGCUACAUGUUUCCACGAUUAAUUACAAACUAGUGCCACUGGGUCUCCUGGAACUUAACACCAAUUUGGUAAAUUCGGUUUUUUCAUCUGUCACUGGAUUUCUUUUAAUUCUGAUUCAAAGUGAUUUGACGUUAAGAUUUUCAUUGAAAUAA